AUGGCUGAAAACCAAAUGGAGCAAAAUAAGAGUAAAAAUGAAAGUGAAAAUAGAACGGAAAAUUCUUUCUCUAAGAUCGAUGGUCACUUAAAUAAGAAAUGGUUUAUUAUUGCAACCUAG